UCUGUGUAAAGGCUGCAGAAGUUCCUUAAACUGACUUUUAAACACUUUAAGUUCCAGUCUCCAUCAUGUUAAGGGUCAGAGGAGUAUGACAGCGAGGAACAUUCUCUGCUUUCUGUCCUGUAGAGCUGCUGGCAUUUCAUGAAACCAGUCGUGUAGUGUAUGCAGUGGAAGUGGUCUGGUCCGUGUGGUUAUGGAGGGGUUUUGGGCUGUGUUUUCCCCUGUGCUGAGGGUCUGGUUCACCAGUUUGGUGGUCCUGAUCAUGCUGCCUGCCAUGUUUGGGAUCUCGCUUGGCAUCACUGAGACCUACAUGAAGAUCCUUAUCAAAACCUUAGAGUGGGCAACACACAGAAUCCAAAGGGCAAGUAGAGCAGAGGAGAUACUAAAACAUUCCGCAUCAAAUGGCUUAAUUCAGCGGGAUAAUUCGUCUUUGGAGCAGGAGAUCGAGGAGUUGCGUCGGAACAGGCCAAAGUCGGCCGAGCGUGGAGACUUCACUCUGAGCGACGUCCUGUACUUCACCAGGAAAGGCAUUGAGAGCAUUGUGGAAGACGAUGUCACGCAGAGAUUCACCUCAGAGGAGCUGGUGUCCUGGAACCUCCUCACCCGAACCAACAACAACUUCCAGUACAUCUCUCUCAGGCUCACUGUACUGUGGGGAGUUGGCGUGGUCGUGAGAUACUGCAUACUGCUUCCUCUACGGAUUACACUUACAGCUAUAGGGCUGAGCUGGUUGGUGAUUGGCACAACGAUGGUGGGUGUCCUCCCCAAUUUCAGAGUGAAGGGUUGGUUGAGUGACCUGGUCCACUUGAUGUGCUACAGGAUCUGUGCAAGAGGCCUUUCAGCUACGAUUCACUAUCACAACAAACAGAACAGGCCUAAGAGAGGAGGCAUCUGUGUAGCUAAUCACACUUCGCCAAUUGAUGUCGUUAUUCUGGCUAAUGACGGCUGUUAUGCAAUGGUAGGACAGGUUCAUGGUGGUUUAAUGGGAGUCCUCCAGCGUGCAAUGGAGAGAUCUUGCCCUCAUAUCUGGUUUGAGAGAGCAGAGAUGAGAGACCGCCACCUAGUGACACAAAGACAACAUACCUCCCUGUUGCAUGCUGGGUCAUGUCUGUCUGAGUCAGCUGCUAUGUGCCUCACAGCACAACAGAAACACUAUGACCCUCAGUUUGGAGAUGCUUUCUGGAACAGCAGCAAAUAUAGCAUGGUGAGCUAUCUGCUGCGGAUGAUGACGAGCUGGGCCAUAGUCUGCAACGUCUGGUAUCUGCCUCCAAUGGCACAUAAGGAAGGAGAGGAUGCUGUGCAGUUUGCCAACAGGGUGAAAUCAACCAUUGCACAACAAGGAGGUUUAGUGGACUUGGACUGGGAUGGGGGUCUGAAGAGGGCAAAGGUGAAGGAUUCGUUUAAGGAGCAACAGCAGAAGAAGUACAGCCACAUGGUGGUGGGUGAUGACAGCAGUGACUGAACACAAAGAUCUUUUUCAGGGUUCAGGAGAUCAGGAGGGUCUAUUUAUACUACUGCUGCUAAAAUACAUUUGAAAGAUAUUUAUAAAUUGGGGAUAAAUAAAAAUAAAUAUGCAUUGCAAAUGUUAUAGAUCCCAGUUUCAUAUGGGCUGCCCUGCUUUUCUGUGAAGAGUUGUAUUUGCCAGAAUAUUCAUUGGGUGAAAAAGCUUUUGCGUUUGAAUGAUUCCAGUUUUUGAAUUAAAAUGUAUAAAAAGGACAAAAUUAUAAAUGUGUGAUUGUGGUAAUAUUGAGUUCAGAUCAUUUAUUUUUCAGAGCAAAUAAACUUUUGUGCUUUUUUA